UUUAAGUUUUUAUGUGUCAUUCGGUUGGUUGUGAUUAUAAAAUAAUAGUACCAUUGGGGAAUAAAGGAUGUUGAGAGGAAGAGUGAAGCAUCUAUUCCAUUGUGUUUUUUUCAUGUUUUUUAUUUUACUUUUUCUAUUAUUGGCUGGAGCCAUAAGUCUAGAUGAUAAAGACAAAGAAUAUGUUGACCCAUUAGCUGCAUAUGGGAUUCUUGGUACAAUAAUCUUGUACAUCCUUAGACUUCUCACCUUGCUGACAAUACCACAGGUCCUGUGCAAUUUUGCAGGACUUACACUUUUUAAUGCUUUUCCUGGAAAAGUUAACUUGAAAGGUUCACCACUGCUUGCACCUUUCAUUUGUAUCAGGGUUGUUACAAGAGGGGAUUUCCCAAAACUAGUAAGAGAUAAUGUCACAAGAAACAUGAAUCUCAUCACUGAUGUGGGUAUGGAGAACUUUAUGAUUGAAGUUGUGACUGAUAAAGCAAUCAAUUUGCCCACACACAGGAGAGUGAGAGAAGUAGUUGUUCCUGCUGAGUACAAGACAAAGACUGGUGCUUUAUUCAAAUCUCGAGCUCUGCAAUACUGCCUGGAGGACAAUGUUAACAUCCUCGCUGACACUGAUUGGAUUGUGCAUUUAGAUGAAGAAACUUUGCUCACUGAAAAUUCUGUUCGUGGGAUAUUGAAUUUUGUACUCGAUGGUCAACAUCAGUUUGGCCAAGGGCUGAUCACAUAUGCUAAUGAAAAUGUCGUCAAUUGGUUGACUACUCUAGCUGAUAGUUUUCGAGUUUCUGAUGAUAUGGGAAAGCUGAGACUGCAAUUUUAUUUAUUCCACAAGCCACUGUUUAGUUGGAAAGGAUCUUAUGUUGUUACACAGGUUGGAGCUGAAAAGAAAGUUUCUUUUGACAAUGGUCUUGAUGGAUCAGUGGCAGAAGACUGCUACUUUGCCAUGAAAGCUUACAAGGAGGGCUACACAUUCAACUUUAUUGAAGGAGAAAUGUGGGAAAAAUCGCCUUUUACAUUAUGGGAUUUCAUGCAGCAACGGAAAAGGUGGAUUCAAGGUAUUUUAUUAGUAGUUCAUGCUAAAGAGAUACCUACUGUUACUAAAAUUUUUUUAGCAAUAUCGUGUUAUUCAUGGGUUACAUUACCACUAUCGACAAGCAAUGUAAUUCUGGCUAGCCUUUGUCCCAUACCUUGUCCACAAUUCUUGGACAUUACAUGUGGCUUUAUAGGUGCUGUUAAUAUUUAUAUGUACAUUUUUGGUGUGUUGAAAUCAUUUCCUAUACACAGAUUUGGUCCUGUUAAAUUCCUUUUAUUUGUUGCUGGGGCAUUGGCUACAAUACCUUUAAAUAUUGUCAUAGAAAAUAUUGCUGUUGUAUGGGGUAUAUUAGGUAAAAAGCACAAAUUUUAUAUAGUCAAUAAAGAAAUCAAGAUUCCAGUGACUGUAUGAUUUGUGGUGCAGUAUUUCAUAUCAUUUUAAAUUUUGAUGUUAAAGGAUAAGUGCACAAAAUACUUAAGUGGAAUAAUCUUACACUUAUUCUGAAGUGUAUUAGUUAGAUAUUUGAUUUAGGAAGUACUUAUAAUUGAAGAUAAAUACAAUCGCCAAACAGACAUAAUGUGAGACGUUGUCUUUAAUCUGUUUACCAAAGAGGGUUAUAGCCUUAUUAAAGCGUUAUGGAUAUAGCAUGGUAAAUUUGCUUUUAUAUACUAAAACGAUUUUAUUAAUGCACAAUGAUAAGAAACAGGUGGUUGGUGGUAUCAACAUAGAUGUACUAAUAAUUUAUUUUUGGAUGCUUUUGUUAUUUUUACUUGGUGGUAUUUUUUAUAUUUGCUGUAUAUUCUGAUUGUACUGUUAAUACAUUUUUCAAUUCCCGUGUUUUAUUGUACGGACGGCAGCACAUCAUGCUACACAUUGACGAAUCUUGUGCCGUUGCACGGGAGGCGAUAUUCGUGUAUAGCUUUAUGUACUGACGACUGUACAUAACCUUUUGUAUAUUAUUGGCCUAUUCAAAUGUACAUACUACAUACUACAUAAUAAUGAACGUGAAAUGUAAGUCCUCCAUCGUUGCUCUCGAUUGGACUGCUUGAAGUAUCAAUUGCACUAAGAGCAGUGGUUUUAAUCCAAACGAAUUUUUUUAAACUCCUGGUUGUAACAUUCAAAUAAUAAUUUCAAAUGAUUGCUAUCGGACUUGAUGAUAUAAAUAUGUAUCGUGACUUUACGAUCUCACGAAUAUCAUACGGGAUAAGUAUAAUAGUAUAGUCUUUUUUUUGUUAUAAUAUCAAGUACUAUACAGUCCAGUAGUGGAAGUAUGUAUUGUGUAUGGACCAUCG